GGCGUACAACUCAUAAACUUUUAGACAGCUGUUUUAUAACUAAAUCUAAUUAUUUGAGUGGAAUGAUUCCAGUGCAGAGUGUGUUGACAUAUUUCACUGAAGCCACGCCUCAUGUGUUGAUGCUUCUGUUGUAUUAGAAAGAGCAGAGGACCGCAUUGGCUGUCGUUUUUUCUUUUUUUCUUUUUUUUAAGAAGGGUCCCAAACUGCACACAGAUUUGGAAUAUUGCAUUACAGUUCUGCAGAAAGAUGGCGACUGUCAUUCAUAAUCCAUUAAAAUCGCUCGGUGACCAGUUUUAUAAAGAGGCCAUUGAACACUGUCGCAGCUACAAUGCUCGCCUCUGUGCUGAGCGCAGCGUGCGAAUGCCCUUCUUGGACUCCCAAACUGGCGUGGCUCAGAACAACUGCUACAUCUGGAUGGAGAAACGUCACCGUCGGCCAGGCCAGGCUGCAGGACAGAUGUAUACGUACCCUGCUCGUUGCUGGAGAAAGAAGAGGCGACUCCACCCUCCCCUGGAUCCCCAGCUCCGCCUGUGUGAGCUUCGUCUAGAAGCAGAGCUGGCCCCUAAGCGUGAGGGGCCACCAGGGGAGGCCACGGCCCUGGAGGCCCUUCUGAGGAGUGACAACCUGCUGGAGAAAAAAAACAACAUCGCUAAAGAAGAGGAAACUCUGCUGGAAAUACAGAGAGUGCUGGAGGCGGAGGAAAACGGGGACAGUUUCCACGAUGAGGAUGAGUUUGAACUUGAUACUCCAAAGAGAAAGAACAAGAAUAGAGGAAAAAACAGAGGAUCAACUCGCAGAAGGACAGAACCUGUUAAUACUGAUGACCAGGAUAAACCUUACGUCUGUGACAAUAGAUACAAACAAAAGCAUAAUUCAAAAAAGACUGAAGAAGUCUGUGGAAAGCGCUACAAGAACCGGCCCGGCCUGAGCUACCACUACACACACACUCACCUAGCCGAGGAGGAAGGCGAGGAAGAGAAGGAGCCGGAGAUGGCUCCAGCUUCACCACUGAACUCUGACAACCACAAAUCACAGAAGGGUUUGGAUGGCACCGUUAUUCCCAACGACUAUUGUGACUUCUGCCUUGGAGAUCAGGACUCAAACAGGAAAACAGGGCAGGCAGAGGAGCUGGUGUCCUGCUCUGACUGUGGACGCUCUGGUCAUCCUACAUGCCUGCAGUUCACUGAGAACAUGAUGCAGGCGGUGAGGACGUACCAGUGGCAGUGCAUCGAGUGCAAGUCCUGCAGCCUCUGUGGCACUUCAGAGAACGACGACCAGCUGCUGUUCUGUGACGACUGUGACAGAGGAUACCACAUGUACUGCCUGAAACCUCCAAUGACUCAGCCUCCUGAAGGGAGCUGGAGCUGCCAUUUGUGUCUGGACCUGUUAAAGGACAAAGCCUCGGCCUACAUAGAAGCAUAACAUCAACCCAAAAGUGGUGCAGAACACACACGCGUAUUUAGAAACACACACAUAGACAGUUCAUCAUGACACCCACUUGUACACAUUCCAGUGCAUUGCAGGCUCAGGUCGUUUGGUGAAAGAGGGGAAGAGAUCUACCUCUCAGAAACUUGCGCAACUCUCAGCACAGCGCCACCAACAGGCGAUCCCUGCCACAGGUUAGCUAACAGCAGGUGUGCUGCUCUGUCUUUCCUCUACCUCUCCACCCAGUGGACGACGAGAAGCCAAAGCAUGAUCGAAAUGGACACUUGUCUUUGAACGUGUAAAACAACAAAAGUGUAUUUGUGACAGAAAUCUGUAAGCUGUAUCACUUUCUCCACUUAGCUGCUUGAGAUCUUCAGCAGAAAACACAUGACUGAGUCUGACUUUAUGUUUGUUUAAAUUCCUCCUUCCAGCUCCUCUCCUGUGUUUAGACACUGCAGUGACAUUCCUGGUUUAUAUCUGCAGGCUCCGGGCCCAUUAUCCUGCUUUUCGCAGGUUUUCGUCAAAGCUUUGGUGAAAUUUUCAUCCUGAGGGGGAAAACAGCCUCGAGGAUUGCUUUCUUUUAGUGCCAAGUGACAUUUUUGAGAACAAAACAGGUAUUGCUGAUAAAAGUCCACUGUUCCUUUCAAUGAGAUCAGUUAUUGUAAAUCUAGGCUUUGGUGUUCACUCUAAAAAGGAUUUAUUAAUAACUACGUUAUUCACGACAUUAGUACUAUAAAAUGUGGGUUACAUGAAUUGGUAACCAUGCACUAAGAUGUGAGAAACACUUGAGCAUUAAAUAAUGAGAAAAACACCAGAUUAGUGAAGGCAGCAUGACUUGUUUCUAACAUGUAGAUUUUUUUCGUUUGUUGCUCAAACAUGAAGGAAACAAGUUUUCUUAAUUGAAAUUUUACUUUUUAACAGUGAGCAAUCUCAGUUCAUGUGCUCUAUAUGCUGCCACAUCAUAGUAUUUAAGUUUUUUUCUGAUUGCCAUGUAAAAUAAAACACAAGACUCAGUCUUCCAAAGGUCUACAGCAGGGAUAAAAGUGGUUUUGCUGCAGAUCUGAGGUCAGAAAAAGGGGUUUGAAUCUCUCAAGCGUAGAUGUUCAAGUAUCUGGUGGUAGGAUGGAGCAAGAGAUAGUUUAAUGAUUCACGACUUGAGUAAAGUAGAGCUGCUGAUCCUCAUCUGAGCAUCUGAACAGAGUUCUUCCUUUUGGUGAAGAACUUCUGAAUCUAUCUUGGGAUUAUUGUGGGAUCCUCCAGGAAGAGCUGGAAAGUGUCACCAGAGGAAAGGGGCAUCAGGGUUCCUCUUUUGGACCCGUUUCCUCUACAACCCGGCUGUGGAUACUUAUUUGACCCCAUUAAUGACAUUUCAUGCACUCUAAAGCUUCAGAGCAGAAAGGAAGAAGCAUCACACAGAAACUCAAAAGAAAAGGAGAAAAAGAAAACGUAAAAAAGUCGUAAAGCACACUUGGUGUGUAAAUCCUGACGGGGCCAUCAGGUUCUGCAGUUGUGUUUUUGGUAUCGUGAUUUUGUAGCUACUUGAUAUCACUUUUCCACCGACAAUCAUAAAUUAGCGUAGAUGUAUUGUGUUAAAGCAUACAACGGGUUUCUCGUCUUACAGCUGAUAAAAUAACUGUGUGCUGGUUAUUCAUGUCACUUUGAGUAAAAUCAUGUGUAGUUUUUUUUUGUUAAACAGUAAGUUUUGUGUUUAAAUAAUAAAAACUCUGUAAAUCUU